AUGGUUGCAGUGGCUCGGCUGAACAAUAUCAAGUGUCUAGAUACCGCACGCCACUAUAACGGAGGAAGAUCCGAGAAGUUCAUUGGCGACAAUGGUCUUUCAUCUGAAUUUCAGAUCAUUACUAAAGCACCUAUGGGUGUUCUUAUACCAGGUGGCUCGACCAAAGAAGGAAUCUUGAAGCACUGGGAGGAAAGUGCGACGGCCUUGAAGACUGAUCGAGUAUCAAUCUACUUACUUCAUGUUCCCGACAUCAACACUCCUAUCUCCGAAACCAUGGAGGGAAUCCAAUCCCUCUACCUCGCCGGGAAAUUUGAACAAUUCGGACUCUCCAAUUUCACCGCCUCACAAGUCGAAGCCUAUUACGCCUACGCCAAAUCGCACAACUAUAUCCUCCCAACCAUUUAUCAAAGUGUGUACAGUGCUGUACACCGCGGUAGCGAAACCACCUUGUUCCCCACUCUCCGCCGCCUCGGAAUAUUGAUCCAGGGCUACUCCGUACUCGCGAGCGGCUUCCUUGUCAGAACGCCUGAGGCUAUCAAAGCAGGAACAGGGAAUUUCAACCCGGAUACUGUACUUGGCAAGAUUCUACAUGAGAUGUAUGGAAAACCUAGUUAUCUUAAAGCUUUAGAAGAGUUUGGAAAGUUGGCUGAGGAAGCGGGAAUUUCGAAGGCGGGAUUGGCGUGUCGUUGGGUGGUGUGGAAUAGCUUUUUGGAGACGGAGAAGGGGGAUAUGGUUGUUCUGGGAGCAAGUAGCGGGAGGCAGUUGAGUGAAACUGUGAGGGAGAUUCAAAAGGGUCCGCUUGAGGGGUGGGUUAUGGAGAGGUUGGAUGCAUUGUGGAGGAGCAUUGAAGCUGAUGCUCCGGGAAAUAAUUUCGAGACUUACACGAAGUUAACCAAGGCUGGAUUGCUUUGAUUAUGCUGUUGUCUAGAGCCUUCCUGCACUUGCUACUUUUCAAAUUAGAAUGAGGCAUUUACGAUGUUGG